GCCUCUCGUUCAGUGGUUAAUGCGGAGCCGUGACGUCAUCGGAGCCUCUCUCUCACCGCCUUCCUGCUGCAUCAUCACAGCCGCCCGUCGCCCGGAGUCGCCCUCCUGUUAUUUGCAGUGACCAGGAGACGGAAUAAUCGGAGCUAAUUACCAUAAUAACAAGCGUAACAUUCAUACCAGUGUCAUCGCUGCAACAGAAACGCAUUUCGGUAGAAAUUGCCCUCGGAAACCGCUGGGAGAUGGCCAGGCAAGAACAGGUCCUGCUUCUAGAGCCACAGCACGAACUGAAAUUCCGAGGUCCGUUCACAGAUGUCGUCACGACCACCCUGAAGCUGGCCAACCCGACCGACAGGAACGUGUGUUUUAAAGUGAAGACGACCGCUCCACGCCGGUACUGCGUGCGGCCGAACAGUGGCGUCAUCGACGCGGGAACCUCAAUCAAUGUCUCCGUUAUGCUGCAGCCGUUUGACUACGAUCCCAGUGAGAAGAGCAAACACAAGUUCAUGGUGCAGUCCCUGCUGGCUCCUCCCGAGAUGACGGACAUGGAGGGAGUGUGGAAAGAAGCGAAGCCAGAGGACCUGAUGGAUUCCAAGCUGAGGUGUAUGUUUGAGAUGCCUGCGGAGAACGAUAAAGCGCACGACAUGGACUCCAACAAAGUCCUGUCCUCCAGCCUCCUAAAGUCCGAGUCUUCCACACUGUCCAUGAAGUCCAUGGGCUCCUCGCUGGACGACAGUGAGGUGAAGAAGAUCAUGGAGGAGUGCAAGAGGUUGCAGAUGGAGGUUCAGCGACUACGGGAGGAGAACAGACAGAUCAGGGAAGAAGAUGGCCUCCGGAUGAGGAAGACGGCAGCCAUGUCCACCCAGCACUCCUCCCCCUCCUCCGCUGCAGCCCGGGAGGAGAGUGCCAGCCCCCGCAUGCUCGCCCUCAUUCUGCUCUUCUUCAUCUUCGGAGUCAUCAUCGGGAAGCUCGUCUUGUAGAGGACGGAGUCCGCCGCAUGCUUUCAGGGUGAAACGAAAUGAAACGAAAACAAAAAAAAAAACGGAUCUGGAGAUUUUGAGCAGAAUGCCAUAUCACUGGGGUAGUUCUGCGACGUUAACGGAUGUAAAAUACAUU